AUGCCUCAAAACCCCCUCAUGCCUCUAAAUCACCUCCUCGCCCCAAUCAUCGGCAUGAUCCAAAUCUUUCACACCAUCAUCCAAGUGCUGAUAUUCUUGGACCACUGGGUCCUAGCACUCAUCGUCCAUCACGAAAUCGCCUGGGUCAUAUGUAUCAUGCUGGUGGCCAUCGGAGAGGCCAUCAGUGCCCCCUGGCGCCUUCGAUUGGAAAACACCUACAACGAUACGGGCGACAAGGCCUUUGUAGCGGCUACUCUGGCCGUUUUCUCGCUGUGGUCCGGCAUCCUAUCCAUCAUCGCCAUUUGCGAGUUCGUUGGCGUCUUGGUCUGGGUCUGUGUCUACUUUGCGGCUAUUUGGUUCGACGCGAGGCCGCCUCGGCUUUUGCCACUGAUCGAGCGAGCCUGUCUCGCUGCCGGAUUCGAUCUCAUAAUUAUUUGGCGCACCCACUACUGA